UACUUUUUUACUUGUAAGAAGAAAGAAAGAGAGAUCGAAAAACCCUAGUGGAGUGGGGGAGAGAGAGUAACGAAGGAGUAAAGGCAUGACGAUCCAUUCGAUAGUGAUACAGAAGCUGCUGAGCACGAAUGCGCAGGUGGGUCGACGAGUUGCUGCUCACCAUUUCAAGGGCUACACCUAUGGCUUCCGCAACAAGAUGGCCAUCAUCGACUCCGACAAAACCCUCAUUUGCAUGCGCAGUGCCUUCAACUUCAUCGCCUCCCUCGCCCGCCACAACGCCCGCUUCAUGUUCAUCAACACCAACCCUCUCUUCGACGACAUCUUCCAGCUCAUGACCAAGAAGGUUGGCUCCUACUCCACCUCCACCAGCUCCCUCUGGCGCACCGGCGGCUUCCUCACCAACAGCUACAGCCCCAAGAAGUUCCGCUCUCGCAACAAGAAGCUCGUCUUCGGCCCCACCCAGCCCCCCGAUUGCAUCGUCAUUGUCGACACCGAUCGCAAGUCUACCGUCAUCAACGAGGCUUUCAAGCUUCAGAUUCCCGUUGUUGCAUUGGUCGACUCCGCCAUGCCUCUCGAUGUCUACAGCCGCAUUGCUUAUCCUGUUCCCGCCAAUGAUUCUGUUCAAUUUGUUUAUCUGUUCUGUAAUUUGAUUACCAAAACACUGCUUCAUGAGAAGUCUGCUGCUGCUGCUGCGGCCGCUAAUCUCAUAAUUGAUUCUCGAGAAGAAGCUCCGCGCAAGGGCAAGAGCAAGAGCGAUUUGGAUAACGUCGACAUAAUCGUGGUUUCCAAUGAUAGUUUAGCUCCCUUACCCGAAGAUACAGAGGAAACUAGGAAGCUUUUGGACAAGUUUGUUGUUUUGAAGUUCAAUGGUGCCCAAGGAAGAAAUAUGGAUCCUGAUGGUCCCAAAUCUGCAAUUAAUAUUAGUGAUGGACAGACGUUCCUGGACAUGAUCAUUAACCAGAUUGAGAUGCUCAACUCCAAGUAUGGAUGCAGGGUUCCUUUGCUGCUUUUUGACAAAAAUGAUAUUCGGGAUAGUUCUCUAAAGGUUUUGGAGAAGUAUUCGAAAUCAAGUGUUGAAGUGCACACAUUGAAGCCGGGUGAAAGUGGAGAAUUGAAAUUAUCGGGUGAACAUUCCAGUAAGGAGGAAAUGCAUCCAUUCGAUGAUGUUGAGGUGUUCCGAUCACUCAUGACUGGUGGAACCAUUGAUUCCUUAUUGUCACAGGGUAAAGAGUAUAUCCUAGUGUUGAAGUCAGACAAUGUGGCGACAAUUGUUGAUCCAAAUAUACUAAAUCAUUUGAUGAUUAAUGAUAUUGAAUAUUGCAUGGAGGUGACACCAAACCAAUCAUUUAACUUAAUCUUACCCACAAUGAAAUUUAAGCUUGGGGAGAUUGCCCGAAACCAAGAUAAAAAUAAUGAUGUGUUGAAGUUGAAGAACAAUUUCAAACUCAUUGAUACAACAAACAUGUGGGUGAGUUUAAGAGCCAUGAAGAGAUUUCUUGAUGCUGAUGAACUAAAGCAGGAGAAGCCCUCAAUUUUUAAGUUCUUUGACAAUGUAAUUGGUGUAUCUGUGCCCCAAUCUGGGUUUUUUCCAUUGGAUGCAACAUCAGAUCUAUUACUUCUCCAGUCGGAUCUAUACACUUGUAGAGAAGGUGUUUUAACUCGCAAUCCAGCUAGAACUAAUCAUUUAAAUCCUGUGAUAGACUUGGGACCUGAAUUUGAAAAGGUUGGUGACUUCCAAAGUCGUUUCAAAUCCAUUCCAAGCAUCAUUGAGCUGGAUAGUUUGAGGGUCAGAGGUGAUGUGUGGUUUGGAACUAAUAUUACUUUGAAGGGGAGAGUGACUAUUUCUGCAAAACCUGGCUUGAAAUUGGAAAUUCCAGAUGGGGUCACGAUUGAGAAUAAGCCUGACUGACUGUGCAAGCCUAAGCAGUAUUGAGGCGGGUCAUUUAUAAUGGAGACUGACGCUUUCUGGCAUCAUGACACAGGAAGAUGAUUAUGCACGAUUCUCCAGAAUUCAAUCCAUAAUUAUUAGUUUAAUUGGAUAUUAUGAUGUUUUCCUAAUGAGCACAUUUGGCUGCUUUACAGGAGAUCAACGACCCUGCAGAUAUCUGAGGAUAAAUGAACGGUUUGUGGAAGUUGGGAUUUGGUUCUGGUGAAUACAUCAUGACUGCUGAACUUUAAUUUGCAGUGCUGAACAAUUUAGUUUGUCAUAUUAGCAGCCACCUACCAGCCAUCUUUUAGGUUUUCUAUUUACAGAGAACUAAAAGGUUGGAGAAGAACAUAGUUCCUUACUCUUUUUUUCUUUCAAGCAGCAUUAUAGUGGUGAGAUAAUUUACUCAUCUAUCUAUUCAUUCUAAAACUUUUAGGGCAAGGCCUGGCACAGUCCCAGCCGAGGGCAGAACACGAAAUAGGAAUGGUUUCAGUUUUGCUUGUCUUCUGCCUUUAUAGUAUUAGAAUCACACCAAUUAUUUAUUGUACCAAUGAGUUGGAGCGUACAGACAGACCAGACAUUUUUGUCCUAUAACCUACUCCAAAAAUUCUUGACUUGCUUUUAAUAAACAUUUUUUUCUAACUUGAAAAUCAUUA